AUGUUUACUGCACCUCUCUCCAUCGCAAUCCUUUCCAUUACUCUCUUGUACUGGGUUGUCCGCGUCUACCUCAAUUACCUCCGCUAUGAACGUACCGCUGCGCAAUUUGGCUGUCCGCCGCUUAAGCGCUACCCUGGUUGGGACAGAAUCCUGGGCCUUGACUACGUCUACGCUAUGUUCAAGGCGCUCAAAGAAGACCGCUUUCUCGAGUUCCAGACCGAGACCUAUUCCGCCCGUGGCUCCAAAGUCUGGACGGCCAACUUCAUGGGCAACCGCAUGGUCUACAGCUCUGAGCCCGAAAAUAUGAAAGCUAUGUCAACGUUGCAAAGGGACUGUUUUGCCGUUGAGCCGAUCCGCGUUGCGAACGGCGCAAUAACACCAUUCACAGGCCGUGGAGUCAGCUCAUCCGAUGGUGCGAAGUGGCAAUCUUCACGUGACUUGGUCAAGCCGUACUUCGAGCGUGUAGGCUUUUCCAAUCUCGAGCGCCUUAGUCGACACGUUGAUCGCUUGCUGAGCAAAAUUCCGACUGAUGGGUCAACAGUGGAUAUGCAACCAUUGUUCCAGCGGUGGUUUCUUGAUACAUCGACCGAUUUUCUCUUUGGGGAGACAGUGAACUCACUUGACAACCCAGAACGGGAUUGGCCGCAUAGAGACAUGGUCACCGUUAUGCGCGGGCUGCGCCUUCGGCUGCAGCUGAGCUCGUUCCUAUUUCUGCAUCGUGACAAGGAAUGGUUCGCAGCCUGUAAACGGAUCCACGGCUUCCUUGACGGUUACAUUGACAAGGCUUACAAGCAUUUGGAAUAUGAGAAAAGUGGCAAGCCUGCUACUUACGCAAAUGGGGAGCCUCGAGACGACUUCCUCUGGACGAUUGCCCGUCAGCUGCCUGACAAGCUGGAGCUUCGUACGCAAUUGACCGGUGUCUGGAUCCCAUCCAAUGAGACAACGUCCAUUCUUAUGAGCAAUACGCUAUUCGCCCUAGCAAGGCACCCAGAAGUCGUUGAGAAACUCCGGAAAGAGAUCCUCGACUAUGGAGACAAACCUCUGACAUUUGAAGGCCUAAGAUCCAUAGUCUACCUGAGAUGGACCAUCAAUGAGAGUCACCGUCUUUACCCAGUCAGCCUGCAGACGGUGCGAUCUUGCGUCAAAAACACCACCCUUCCAACAGGCGGUGGCGACGACGGCAAGGCUCCCAUCUUUUGCGCCAAGGGUGAUAUUGUGCACUGCAAUCGGUAUCUCAUGCACCGUGACCCGGAUCUCUGGGGAGCUGAUGCCGAACAAUUUCGUCCCGACAGAUGGGAGAAGGUACGGCCAAUGUGGAACUUCGUGCCAUUUGGUGGCGGCCCUCGAAUUUGCCCAGCCCACAUUAUGGUCGACACCGAGUGCAGCUACACCAUCUUCAGGAUACUACGUCGCUUUAAGGCCAUUGAAGCCAGGGACAGUGAGCCUUACACUGCUGUCAUGCGCGUAGGGCCGUCAAAUAAGAACGGUUGCAGGGUUGCGUUCAUUCCAGCAUGACUGCGGGAGUAGUCUACACGGUACAACAGCCGCUAAUCGAUGCAUAUCUCAAACCAUCGUUUUAACUCUCAUCCAUUUGAUGAGUUCGUGUCCAGUGAUUCCAUGGAUUCGCAAAGCCUACCUGCAAUAAGGAAGCUGAGGGAUUUAACGCAGGACCAUCAUUAGAUGUAUAGACUUUACUGG